AUGGCGAGGGACUUUCAGGACAUCCAGCAGCUGGGCUCUGAGGAGAACGACCACCAGCUUUGCAGAGGUGAGGGCCCAGGCACUCGCGGGCGCAGUCCCAGAAGAGAAGAACCAUUCUGGAAAGGGAUGCCACCUCCCCAGCCCUUUGUCCUGCAGCGUCUCUGCUCCAAGCUCCGCCUCAGUCUGCUUGUCCUGGGCUUCAACAUCCUGCUGCUGGUGGCUGUCUGUGUGAUGGGGUCCCAAAGAGCACAGCUGCAAGUGGAGCUGCAGACCCUGAAAGAAACUUUCAGCAACUUCUCCUCGAGCACCUUGAUGGAGAUCCUGGCUCUAAGCUCCCAUGGAGGCAGCGCCGGUGACAAGGUGACAUCUCUGGAAGCCAAGCUGGAAAAACAGGAGCAAGACCUGAAAGCAGAUCAUGCCACUUUGCUGCUUCAUCUGAAGCACUUCCCGGUGGAUAUGCGCACGCUGGCUUGUCAGAUGGCGUUCCUCCAGAGCAACGGCACAGAAUGCUGCCCCGUGAACUGGGUGGACUAUGAAGGCAGCUGCUACUGGUUCUCUCGUUUGGGGAAGCCCUGGCUGGAGGCUGAGAAGUACUGCCAGCUGGAGGACUCCCACCUGGUGGUCAUCAACUCCAGAGAGGAACAGAAAUUCAUUGCACAACACACGAACCCCUUUCAAACCUGGAUAGGCCUCACUGACAGUGAUGGCUCCUGGAGAUGGGUGGAUGGUACAGACUAUAGGCACAACUAUAAGAACUGGGCUGCCACUCAGCCAGAUGACUGGCAGGGGCACGAGCUGGGGGGCAGCGAGGACUGUGCUGAGAUCCGGGGGGACGGCCGCUGGAACGACGAUUUCUGCCAGCAAGUGAAACGCUGGGUGUGUGAGAUAAAGCGGAACAUCACCAUCUAG